AGUCGUCAUGUAUCCAAAUCAGUUUAAGUAGUCUAUGAAGAGCUGUUUAAAGCUCACAAGCUGCGCAGUCACUGUUUGCUUUGGAAUAACAUUAAGUUUUUUGCAUUUAUUUGCUCGCUUUGCAUUAACGAUCACAUUGUAAGUGAGUGAAAAAAAAAGAAACAAUUUUGAAGAAUGGGAAAAUUUGCCGUAGUGUUUUUGAUAGAGGUCCUCGUCAUCUUACCGAUCGUUCUUGAAGGACGUUUUCACGGACAUGAUUCUUACAAACAGUACUACAAUCAUCGUGUUAAUGGCGGAUUGCAAAAUCCAACGACUGCUUCCCUUGAAAUACCCAAGGAAUCAUUUUAUGAUGUAAAAGAAGUAAAAUCGACUUUUGAAGAUAAGAACGCAAAUAAGCAUAAUUCCGGAUUAUCGGACGAAUGGCAAGCGAGAAUUGGUAGCGAUAAUUAUGCAAUAGUGCCACGUUGUGAUUACUUGAAACAGACUUUCUGCGAGGACGUCCCUUAUUAUCCUCAGACGUAUGUGAAGCAGAUGCUUGCUAAAAAUUCCAGCCUGUUAAAUUAUGCAAAUGAAGAUGUUAUUGCUCUUACACCACGAUUCGACAACGAUGAGGAACCCCUUUGCCUAUCCACGGAGCGAUUAAUUCGACCAAAAACGGCUGUAAAUAUAAAAGAUCAGUGGAUGUAUAUCGUCCAGAGUGAUAAUUUCCUUCAAACUUUACGGAUCGAAGCUUGCACAGAGGAGGAUGCUAAGUGCAGGAUGAUCGACGGUUUUGCUGAGGGAUAUAUCACAACAUGCAAGCAAAAAUAUAUUUAUCGCGAGUUGUCUGCCAUUUCCGCAGACGGUGAGCCUAUUCGCGAUUUCUUCCGAGUUCCUGCGAGUUGCUGUUGUCACGUUGAAUUUAAAGCCGAGGACGAAAUGGCGAGAAUAAGAUCGGUUUUAGGAGGUCUUCCAUCCUCGAAUAAGAAAUAAACACAUAUACAAGAAUAUUUAAGAAAAUAUUUAAAUUGUAGCAAUAUUUUUAAGCAAUAUUAUUAGUAUGGAAAUAAUUGGUUGGCCACCAGAUUUCUUUAUGAGGCAAAAAGAUAAUUGUUUUCACUUGUAUUUUAAGAUCCCUGCAGGACAUUGUACGCUGAGUAAGAUAUUUUGAUGAUCUAAAAGAUAUAAAAAUUAAAACAUAUAUGCAAAUCAAAAUAUAA